AUGGCUACUGCUACUACUGCUACUGCUGCUGCUACUGCUGCUACUGCCGAUGAUGCUGCUGAUGCUGUGUCCAUCAAGCAACGCCGCGCCGGUCAAGCGACGUCCAGCGAAGGAGGCCGGCAUCCAAGCCUCUGCAAACUGUGGAGACCUUGGGAAGAGUGCUCAUUCGGAGAUUCUCAAGGAAGGACAAACGCAGCUACUCCGGAGACACUAAGACAGCAUUUACGCCGAGUGCAGAAACCCGCCAGCAAGCUGUCAUUCAAACACCCAGUCAAGCUGUACUGGUCCCGGUCGCGCGUCUUCGACCACCUGUACGCGGACGGGGAGCGCCUCCUCGAGGGCUUCCCCGUGCAGGCCACCAUCGCCCUGCGCGACUCGGACAGCGAGGAGAGCGACUCGGAGGACAGCGAGGACGAGCGAGAGGACGUGGAGGAGUGAUUCGGGGUGGGGGGGCGACGUUACCCGCUUGACGUCGCUCAACUUCCCUCAACGUCGCUCGACGUUAUUCCACGUCGCUCGGCAUCGAUCGACGUCGCUCCAUGUCGCUCGACGUCACUCGACGCUGCUCGACGCCCAGCGCGGUUGGCUACGUCCGGUGCGAAAGAAGUUUCAACGCGCACGCCGCGCCUGCACUCGUUCCCGCGUUCACGGAGACGAGAGACGAUGGGGAGGACCGCGCGGUGGCUACGCCGCUGCACGUGAUCCAGCAGCUGUGCAGGCAGCAGACAGGGUUGGUGGAUCACCACGCAGAUGGGGUCACGAAACUCCCUCCCUGAGCCGGGGGUGGGCGUCGAGGAGUAGGCCGAGUCCUGGCUCGACAGGAGAACGCGGCACAGCGGAGUGUGUGGACUCACCUCCAUCUGUUUCGACUGUACGGGAUAGAGCGUUGCCCCCCUCUUCACUCUCGUACGCGUGGGUUUUUGUUCCGCGUGCUCCGGUUUCAUUCCCGCACGUGUCAACACUUGACGGGGAAACGUGCGUCACGUGCGUCACCUGCGUCACGUGCCUUGCGCGCGUCACGGGCGUCACGUGACGGGAGCUCACGUGGCUAUUCUGAAUGUGUGUUCAUAGUACGGUGCGGUGUUGUUGUCGUCCUUGUUGUCGUCCUUGUUGUUGCUAUUUAUUGUCUCGCACUUUGUACAUCAACCCUGUGACAUAUGUUAAAAUAUAUAUUUAAGUACUUUUUAUAAGCGUGAUGUAAUAAACACGAGUUGUGA